AUUAACGAGGCCUAGGUCAUGCGAUAGUUUCUGCGGGACAAGUGCACUAAUAUAUUGCAUACGCACUAAUUUGCUUGGUUCCAUUUCUACAUUAGAGAGAAACAGAAUCGAACAUCACUUCAAAAUUCAUCAAUCAUAAUUUCUCUAUAUUCAUUCAAAUUCAAAUUCAAAUUCAAAUGCGCUACUACUACGUUAUUAGAAAUCUAUGCACCACUCGUUUCCGUUCACAUUCAGCCACCACUUUCACCGCUCAUUCUUCUUCUUUUUCAUCAUCUUCUUCUUCGACCCUUUCUAAAUUCGAUGGUGAUUCUAUCCUUGCAAGCCUCAAACUUAAUCGAAACUCUGAUUCUGAUGAAUUGUCUGAUGAUGUUUUUAAGCAGGUUUCUUCUAUUUUCUACGGUGAUCAGUCAGUCAAGACACCCAUUUAUGAGGAAAUUGAUGGUGCAAAUGAGUUUGAAAGAAUCCUGAGUAUGUUGCAGGUGCCAAAUGCACCUCAAAGCAAUAUAUCAGUGCGGCGAAAAGAGCUUUCUCGUGAAAAGAAAAGAAAAUGCAUCUUCAAAAUUACUCAAGAAAACCGUUUUCGCCGCUUAAUUGAAAGUUGUGCAAAGAUACUAGGAACUGAGGAAACUGUUGAGUUGUUUGAUAAAAUGGGACAAAAACCAGGUGUGAAAGGAUAUAAUGCAAUGGUAGAAUUAUGCAUAGGUAAAGCUAGGGGAGCUGAGAAUGAAGACAUUGCAACAGAAGAAAUAGGGAAGGUUUUUCAGCUUCUUGAGUUAAUGAGAAAACAGGGUUUAGAGGUAGAAGAGCGAACAUAUCGCCCUCUUCUUUUGUAUUUAAUUGACAUGGGUUUGGUUGAAGAGUUUGAGUUUUUCUGUCAUGUUAUCAAAGAUGAGAAUCCUAGUUCAAUAGCAAGACUUGGUUACUAUGAAAUGACGCUGUGGUUAAGAGUUAAUAACGAAGAAAAGAUUCAGGGUCUAUGUAAUUAUAUUGCAGAGAAUGAUGGUGAGGACACUUUUGAUUUACGAGAAAGUUAUUUAUUGGCUCUUUGUGAAAGUGAGCGGAGGGAAAAUAUUUUGGAGGCGCUGGAAAACAUAGAUAUACAAAAGAUUUCAUCUGUUGAUUCUGUAGCAAAGAUAUUUCAGGCAUUGGGAAGACUACUAGUGGAACCUGUUGCGGAGAAGCUCCUUUUGGACUUCAAAACAAAUCAUGAAGCAGAUAAUAUUACAAACUUCAUUGCUAAUUAUGCAGUCAGCAUUCCAGAUUUAUCGGUUGAGGAUGGCAUUAAAAAAUUCAAGGAUUUGCACCAAAAGCUAGAAGUUUUACCUUCUUCUUCAUCAUAUGAGAAGCUCAUUUUACAUAACUGUGCAUUGCUCAAGCAGUACACGUGCUCCGAUGGAGAGUUGGAUCAAUUGCUUCUACUACUUGAGGAACUAAAUGAUACAGUCUAUUGGAAUGAUGCUUGCUGCAGAAUCAUCUUGUGUUGUAUUUGGAAUAAGCAUUUAAGUUCUGCUAUUGACUUGUGUAAGCUCCUCAAGGAUAAGUUACAAGAUGAUGAACUGGUUAUGAAAGUUCUAUUUGAUAAGGUAUUUUCUCUAAUUGAGGAGUCAGAGUCCAAUCAUUUGCAUACUUGCAUGGUGUUGCUUUCAGAAAUCAAGGAUAAGCACGGCCUUUUGCCUUCACAAAAAUGUUAUGAUUCUCUGCUGGUUGCUUGUGAAAACGCCAACAAUAAUUCACAUGCUGAAUGAGGCUCCUUAAUAAGAGGAGUAUAUGUAGUGUUCUUCAUUACUUUUCUACAAACAACAAUAGGUGCUGAUGUACGUACAAAUCUGUCCUACAAACAAUUUCUUCGAAUCAUACCAUAUAACCAAUUUCCUUCACCCCCUAAAAGAAAAAACAUUUUUAGAAUUGCUAUCAGAGAAAA